CCCGCCUACUUCUGCUUUACGUAUUUCCGGCGGACGGUUUGUCUCUUUCCGGCCCACGUAAACAUGGCGCCCAUCCCGCUGUUAGCAGUGCGUGGCUCUAACGGCACGUCUCUGCUAUCUGGUCCUCCCACAUGUGAGCCGCUGUCCGCCUUCCAGAGGGACUCUCGGCCCAGCAGGUGUGUGACCUUCAGCAGAGACGGGACUCUGUUCGGCUGGUGCAACGGACACAAUGUCUCUGUGGUGAAGUCUUCAGAUGGCUCCAUCGUCUCGACCUUUGACCUCCCGAAGACGUCUCAUCUGGACUUUUCUCCGCUGAACAACGUGCUGGUUACCUGGCAACCGUACAGCAAGCCUCAGGACAGUGCUCAGGGUGACCCUAACCUCCAGCUGUGGGACUUACAGAGUGCUCAGCUGAUCAAAGCUCUGUAUCAGAAGAAGUUGGACUCAUGGUGUCCCAGCUGGUCUGCGGAUGAGAAGAUCUCAGUGCGGAGUGUCAACAACGAGCUGCACUUCUACGAAAGCAACGACUUCAACACGAUCGCCAACAAGCUGCACAUGCAGAAAGUGUCUGACUUCCUGUUGUCUCCUGGAGGGCCGCCCAGUAAGGUCUGCGUGUACGUCCCCGGCAGUAAAGGAGCGCCCUCCUUCGUGCGUCUGUACCAGUACCCGGUGCUGGGAGGACCCACCGCCGCACUCGCAAACAAGAGCUUCUUCAUGGCCGACAGAGUCAGCAUGCAGUGGAACCAGAAAGCCUCUGCAGUGCUGGUGACAGCGAGUACCGAGGUGGACAAGAGUGGAGCGUCUUAUUACGGAGAGCAGACGCUGCAUUACCUCGCUGUGAGCGGAGAGACGGCGCUGGUUCAGCUGCAGAAGAGGGGUCCAAUCUAUGAUGUGGUCUGGAGUCCUGGUUCUGCAGAGUUCUGUGUGGUUUACGGCUUCAUGCCGGCUAAAGCCACCGUCUACAACCUCAAGUGUGAGCCGCUGUUCGACUUUGGGACCGGACCCCGAAACGCUGCCUACUACAGUCCUCAGGGUCACAUCCUGGUACUGGCCGGCUUCGGGAACCUGCAGGGUCAGAUGGAGGUCUGGGACGUGAAGAAGUACAAACAGGUGUGCAAACCUCAGGCUCCAGACGCCACUCACUUCUCCUGGUGUCCUGAUGGCGAGCACGUGGUGACGGCGACGUGCUCGCCCCGGCUGCGGGUCAGUAACGGUUAUAAGAUCUGGCACUACACGGGCUCCGUGUUGCACAAGCAGGACACGGCGGACGGCGCCGAGCUGUGGGAGGUCCGCUGGCAGCCGUUCGCCGAGGGAAGCUUCCCCCAGCGGGUCGUCAAGUACCAGGCGGCACCCAGUGAGCUGGGGACCACGCAGGCCACGCCCACACAGGUGUACCGUCCACCUGCUCUGAGACACCUGCCGGCCACCGCCAGCACCAAAUUGCACGAGGAGGAGCUGCCUCAGAAUCUGCGUCCAGGAGCUGAGAAGAGCCUCUCUAAAGCUGCUCUGAAGAACCAGAAGAAGAGGGAGGCCAAGAAGGCUGCCAAGCAGGAGGUGAAGUCUGAAGCUGAACCUCCGCCUGACCCCGCCCCCGUCAGCAACAGCCAAUCAGAGCCGAGCAGCGGUGACCUGGAGACUGACAAGAAAAUAAAGAACUUAAAGAAGAAACUUAAAGCCAUUGAGGAGCUGAAGGAUCAGCAGGCAUCUGGAAAAGUUCUUCAGAAGAACCAGCUGGAGAAGCUGCAGAAGGAAGAUCAGCUGCUGAAGGAGCUGGAGGAGCUGCAGAUCAGCCUGUAGGGGGCACCCCCCCCCCCCCACACACACACACACACACACACACACACACCAAAAAGAGCAAGUGUGUUGGAGACAUUUCUGCUCAUCCUUCAGUUUUCUUCAUCUGACAGGACAGGUGAGGGGGGCGGGGCUUGUGUUGAGGUGUGUGGCCUUGAUUCCCCCCCAACACACACACACACACAGUUAGCUUGCUGUUUCCUGUUUUCAUCCAUUUGUUCUUCUUUCUUUGGAGGUUGAUGAAAGGAAUUCUGGGAAAUGUAGUUGUGUGUGUGUGUAAAAACAUUCACAGACUUUAGAGGAACUGUUUAUUUCCCAAAAUGUUCCUUUAACAUAGUGAAGUGUGUGUGUGUGUGUGUGUGAGAGUGAGAAGCCCUGUUGCUAUGCAACAUCACAUACAGAUGCUGAAGCCUUUGUUCCUUUCAGAAUAAUAUCCUGAAUGAAACUAAUAAAGUUUGUUUUUCAGUCA